UCCAAAAUGCAGCGGAGCUCCUUCCUCUCGUCCCGCCCGGCCGCGCCGCUCCGCGCCCGCGCAGCCGCUGCCCGGCGGGUCUCCCUCCCUGCUCCGCGCCCCGCUCCUUCCCCCUCCCCCUUUUUUUUUUUUCUUUUUUUUUUUUUUUAUAUUUUUUACACCGCCCCCCCUCCCGUUUUUCUCCUGCGCCCCCUCCCCGCGGCCGGUUUGCAUGCAUUGUCUGUCUCCCAAGAUGGUUUGUGAGACCAAGAUUGUGGCGGAAGAUCAUGAAUCAAUCCCAGGAUCAAAAAAAGACACGAUCAUUGUUUCUUCCUCCCAAAUGUGGCCCUCUUUGGCAGGCUCCCCUUCCUCCCCCCCGCCGCCCCUCAGCUCCCCCAAAGAGGACCCCCGCCGCGACAAUGUCUAUAUCCGCGAAUUCCACCCCUCCGAGCAGGAGGUGGUGCGCCGCAUAUUUUACGAGGGUAUCAUGGAGCGGAUCCCCAACACGGCGUUCAGGGGGCUGAAGCAGCAGCCCCUCACUCAGCUGCUCUACGGGCUGCUGGCGGUAAUAUGCUUUGUUGUGACCAAGUCCUUCCUGCUGACCUGCUGUUUGCCCAUCUUUCUGAUGGGCAUGAGGUACUACUUCAGUAGAAAAGUUAUCCUCCACUAUCUCGAUUGUGCACUGCAUACGGACAUGUCCGAUAUUGAGCAAUAUUACAUGAAACCGCCAGGCUCCUGCUUCUGGGUCGCCGUCCUGGACGGCAACGUGGUGGGGAUCGUGGCGGCGCGGGGCAACGAGGAGGACAACACGGUGGAGCUGCGCCGCAUGUCCGUCGACUCCAACUACCGCGGCAAAGGGAUCGCCAAGGCCCUGGGCCGCAAAGUGCUGGAGUUUGCCAUGCUCAACAACUACUCCUCUGUCGUGCUGGGAACCACGGCCGUGAAGAUGGCAGCCCACAAGCUCUACGAAUCCUUGGGGUUCAAGCACGUGGGUGUUGUUGAACAUUAUGCCCUGCCGGGGAUGACGCGCUCCUUACUGGAGAGAAUGUUUUUCCAGCUCCGCUACCACCGCUACCGCCUGCAGCUGCGGGAAGAAUAAAAAAACCCAACCAACCAAACAACAACAAAAAAUUUUUCCCUUCUCCUCCCCCUUCAAAAAUAAUAAAUUGCCCUUCUAUUUCUCAUCACUGUUGAUUUGCCAGUUUUGGGUUGAGUUUUUGUUCCCUCAUGCCAUCUUUUGGUUUGCUCCGUGCAGCUCGGCGUGCAGCUCGAUCGUCUGGCCGAGCAGCGCUCCUUCCUCGCAUGCUGUAGGUGGUGGCGCUGGGAGUCCUGCGACCCGGCGGGGCGGAGCGGAGCGGCAGCCUCUCCUUCCCAGGUACCUCCGUAAAGCACAGAAACUUUAACUGCGAAAUAGUACCACUGCUCUGGUGUACAUAGUCUUCUCCUUUUCCAAAUGUAAGAUAACAUAGUGAUGCAUUCAUAAUAGUGCAGAAAUAUUACUUGAAUGCAGUUUUCAGUAUUUCAUGCACCAGUAAGUAGAAUAUACGUUCAUCUUAUCGUUAUUUACUGGUUAAUAGUUUUCAAAGAGAAGGUGGGGAGCAAAAAACCCCUGCCCCAACCCGCUUGCUACAAUGCAUGAAGAGGAAAGCGCGUGCACGCACUCAAACACAUCGCACUGCCACCACGGCACUGGUGUUGCACUUUUUUUUGGAUGUGCCUCAUUCUGCCAAAUGUCUGAGAGACCCUGGGUGCAUCCGGUAACCACGACUCUGCUCCAUUCCCCCCCUCCUUCCUAAGCCAGCACAGACUUGGACCGGCUGAACUCUGAGCCCCGUUGUACCAUAGUGUGAAGUUAAGAUCAAACCUAAAUAUCUCUUGCGCUGUUCGUAGCCACGUGUAACCUGCAGUCCUGGGCCAGACUCUGCAUAUGCGUUGGACUUUCUCUUUGCUGCCUUUUUGGGUUUGUUUUGUUUGUUUGUUUUUAUUUUAUUUUUAAGGGUUUUUUUUUAUGUUAUUAUUUUUAGUUUUGGCUUUUGCUGAAUGGUGUCACUGAGGCGUAAUGGAGGCUGCAGUUCCUAUGGCAACACAUUUGCACAUUAAUGUGCGCACCAAAUCUAACCACUUCAGAGAAGCAAUGUGUGACAGAUAAUAGCAUUUUGGGGAGCGCCGGGGUGGGGGGGGAGCAUACUUAUUAUCUUAACCAGCUGCUUGUUUGAUAAAUGUAGAUGGCCUCACUGCAGCCUUCCAUCAAAGGUAAUUAACUGCUUUAAUGAUGUCAGAUUUGUGAAUUGUACAAUGCAAAAAGCAAUGCAAAGCAGAUUCGGCAUGUGUCUGUACCCGGUAUGUAUGUACAGUGCCUGCCAACUAAAGAAUAACCAAGACUACAGCUUCUUCUAGCCUGAAAUAUCAACUUUUAUAACUUAUUUAAACAAAUAGCAACUUUGCAUGAAUUACGUCUUGGGGGAAAAAAAAAAUCGGUAGGUUUUAAUUUUUGAAACGUGGUAUCAGAAGUAUAAAGACAACCUUUUCUGGCUGCACUUAAUUUGGGGUGGGUGGAGGGGUUCAGCUCUGUUAAUACAUUUAAAGGGAAAACACCUUUAAUUUAGUUCCUGGGAAAAAAAAUAGUUACUAUUUUAUGAAGUAUUAUGUGGGCGGGGGGGGGAACCCAACACCUAUCAUGAUGAACUUGAUGAAAGGGUAGAGCAUUUGUCAACCACGCUCGCACUUGCAAACACAAUGGAAGCAUCAGCGGGAGCGCCCCGGAAGGGGGGCGCGUGGAGAGGAGAGGAGCUGUGGGGCGGACGGGGGGCAGGCAGCGUGGACCCACGCGUGGGGUGCUGCCUGCGUCUCACUCCUACCGAGAGCUGCCCUUUCCUCUCCAGCCAAAAGCUUUCUCGGCACUGAGACGUGGCCAGCAGCGCUGAAUGGGCUCGGUGGGGAGGGGGCUCACCCCGUCCCCGCCGGGGAUGGGGGGGCCGUUUGCCCCAACCCCGGUAGCGCUCUCAGUGCUGGGCUCGGUCCAGCCUGUAAGGAGCCAGAGGGGCAGAGUCCCAGUGUGUGUCCCAGCAAUAAGGGGGGAAAAUAAGGAUGGUGAAGGGCACUGUAGCAAGAGACCGUGAGUUUAAUUAACAAAAUUUCUGUAUGGGGCACUAUAUUUUUAAAAGUCUUUCUAUGCUGUACAUUUCUCCUGAAGCUGAAAUAAUGUACUGUUGGUAGGGGUUUUUGUAUAGUGUACAGAAAUUGGCAGAAUAUUUUCUUGCUGCAUUCAGUGAUUUAUUAACCGAAGUAAAAUAGACAAAUAUAAAGUGUUAGCAAAAGUUGAAAGAAAAAAAAAAAAAACAAACCACAAAACAGUUUGUGCCUUUUUUAGUUUAUUUUUCUGUUGCUAUAUAAUCACUGCACUAAAACCUUUCCAGAGGGGAAAAAAACCAAAACUAGUCUCUUAAUAAGGGAGGAAUACAUAAAGCCUAAAUUGAGUGUUAAUUUUUUUAUUGGGAUAUUUAAUUAAAAGAAUGUUGCUGGUUUUAUUUUAUACCUGUGCCUUUGUAAUAAAACUCCACAUCCUGUCAGAAAAGCCAAACCUGGAAUAAAUCCCACCAGAUCCCACAGAUGCAGAAGUACCAUCAGGUUACCAGUAUUUUCUUUAAAAACGUGUAAAACUUAACUGAUAAUAUUACAGUAUCUGAUCGUAAUACCUGUUGAGUUGCUUGAGAAAGAGGUGCUUGGGAAAGGUGCAGGUUUCGGGGUGCUGUCUGCAUUCCUCCCUGGGCAUGCCGGCUGCCGGACAUGCACUGAUAGGGAUUGAGUCAUUGCCACUUGGCCGGUAGCUGCUGAGCAAAUUUCUUCCCUUAACGCUUCUUGCCAGUUGCUCUGUGACUGGGCUCUUUGGAAAAAAUCCAGCUGGUUGCUCCCAGCUUUCCAGCCGGGACAGCUAGUUUCUGAAGGCUGGCUGCCAAAUAGGCUGUGGUUUGCUUUCCUCCGAAGAUGGAGCGGACUGGCGGGUGAAACACUGCUGAUCCCAGCCCUGGUUUUUACUGGGAAGCCCACUUGGCUGCCAGAGCUGCAUCCCCAGUAGCAGCAGCAGGAUGGGGGUACAGGACCUCUGGCGUUGUGGCUGCUUUCCCACCCAGAGCUGCUCUGAAUAGGAUUAGACAAGGUUGGGCUUAAAAGCAUCAAGUGGUAGUGUUGUUUUAUCUUCAUUCAUGGGAAGUUUCCCUGAAUUGUGGUACCUUGGGCUAAGCUCUGGAGCCAGAAAGCCUCUUCCCACUGCUCUGCAUGGCCCCUGGGCUCCUGACAAUGCCUGGCUCACCUGCUGCCCUCCCCAGGGUCCGGCCUGCCUUGCCCUCGCUGCCUGGGUGCUGGUAGAAUAUGGUACAGUUCACAGGGUGAUGUGUUGAGGAUGAACGGCCUUUGGUGGGUCCAUCCAUCCACUGUGCCACUUUCAGGGUGCACUGAUUUAAACAGCAUUGCAUGGAAAAGUAAAAUCCCACACCUCGUUCUUGUUCUGCAGCCCUGCCCUGGGGAGCUUCUUCCUUCUGCACCAGAUAGCUGUGGUCAGCACAGCCCUGCACUGGGACCAUCACCAUCCCCUUUUCUCUGGGCUUGAGCACCACCUCCUAACUGCUCCCGUCCCAGCUCAGCAUCUGAGUGGUGCAGAGCAGCACAAGAUGGCUGUAGAUUUGGUCCUGAGAAGAACAGCUUGUGGUUUGGACCUAUUGCCAGUUCUUAAGUCUAAUUCCAACAGAGACUCCCGUCAGUAUGAGAUGGCAGGGCGUGCUCCUAAGUUAUUUUGGUGGUUUCUUCUUCCAAGGAUGCUUCUAGACAGAGUGUGGGGAAGAGUGGAGCAUCUCUUGAGUCUUAGCCUCAGUUAGUAAAUGUGAUGGCUAGGAAGACUGCUUCAGAUUUAGGUGGAGGAUGUGUUCGAGAUGUGGAACUUCCCCCAGCUGUGCCAAGCACCUGCUUCUACUUUGCUGCCCGUGUGGGUUGUUGCAGCCCACUGCCCUUGCACUGCGUGCAGUGCGGUGGCACUGAGGAUGCAGUUUCCCCACCUGACAGCAUCGUGGCUUUUUCUGCUAAUCCCUGUGCAGUGGGCAGUGUUUGAGUGUUCUCUGCUGGGAGGGGACUGGGGCAGAGGUCUUGCUCACUGGGGAAGGCACCUUACAGGGUUAGGGUGUGAUGUCCAUGUAGAGGUGUCUCUUAAAAAAAAAAAAAAAAUCUAAAAAAGAGGAAGAAAAAAACAAACCUGAAAUUUUGCAUUGCUGUGGCUGAGAUCCACAGCCUUGGGGCUGCCUCAGCCCUCUGGCACAGCCUGGGCAAUUCCCUGUGGAGUGAGUGGGAAUGCCCUGUGCAUCCUGAGCAAACUGGCAUCUCAAGCACACAUAAUAUUUGGCAAUAAGCUCUGUGGGAAGCUUAGCCCCUGAAUGGUCCCAGGCCAAUAAUGCUGAGCAAUGAAAGCAACAAGGAAAGUGAUUUCUAAUCUUACUUGAAACCCUUGAACUGGUAUUUGUUGUAAAAUCAUGCUGUGUUUUCCCUCUGUGAAGCAGACAGCACCUGCACGAUGCUUAGAAAUGGCAGCCAUAAUUCAUCUCUGCUGGGAGACGCCCUUUGCAGCAUUUCUCACCGUAGAAAAGUUUAGAACACUGCCAUCAGCUGAAAGCAGUUCUUUUCCCCUACCUCGCUAUUCCCAUGGGGUAUGUGGGAUGGUAUUUCUGAGCAAGCCUUUACCUCUCCAUGGAGUGUGCUGCAGGCUGUACCCCUGCACAAGACUGAGCAUCAGGAGCUGGGCUCUUGCUUGCACAGUCUGUCCGCUCCCAACUCUGCAGCGCGUGUGGCUUGGGGAGCAGCCAGGGAGGUCGGGGCUACUGCAGGACGCAGCCUGCUUGGGGAGGAGAGAUGCACAGCCACCGGGUACCUUGGCUGUGGGGCUUUUCAGGCUGGCUGUUGUGGAAGGAGAUAGCUGGUGGUAUAGUCAACCCUGUCAAGGAGAAGCAGGCUUGUUUUAAAUGAUGUUUGUCUGAAGCAAGAUGAGUUUAACAGUAUUAUAAGGAGACUGUAAGGAUGCUCCCUGCCCUUUGGGUCUGAGGUGUGAUAGUGCUGCGGGGUUGAGCUGGUUGGUCAUUGCAGACAGUGUGCAAUGGGGUGGCAGGACCAGCGCUUGCGAUGCUGCAGAGGGAGUUGCGCACCCAAAGCCAGCGUCACAGCUGGCAGGGCAAAAGACAUUCCUCUUCUGCUAUGUGCUGGAUGGAUGCAUCUAAAGCCUUAAAAUCCCGAGGGCCAGCUCUGCAUCUUGACUCAUUUCAGCAUCACCCUUCAGUGGAUGCAGGGGGUAAACGAUCCUGGGGACAUCUGUCCCUGGGGCUGGGACCUGAACAGUCGUUUGCCCUGUGUUCAUCCCCACAUGAAAUGGGGGUGAUAAUUUGUUGUGACAUCUGAAUGUAAUAGUCUCUGUGUGGGAGAAGCAGAACUUAGGGUUGGCAGGUGGCUGUUGAAGGUCAGGUGUGACUGUUGGGGUCCCAGUGCUGCACGCCUGCAGCAGGAGCAGAAAGUGCCCAGUGCCUGGGGUUGAUCCCUUCCCUGCUGUAGCAAACUGGACCUCGGCACUGGGGAGAGCAGCAUAAGGCCCUGGAGGGUGAGAACAGAAAAUUCCAUGGUCAGAAACCCAAGGGAACUGUGGCUUUACAAAACCCUGUCACGAUCCUUGCUGCUGCCCGUUGCUCACUGAACCGUAUCUGUCUGCGAUGCAGGUCUGUUGCCUUCUAAUUUGCCAGAUUUGCUGGCUGAGGUGCAAAAGGAUAGAGACUGACUGCAGGGAUUUCCGAAUUGCCAAACACACAAGGGCAGGAACCAGCUCUGGUUACCUCUGAAUUAACGAUCUCGUUUUUGGUGUGCUGGGAGCCUGUGUUUUAUUAGCGCUAGUAUGAUGCUGUUGGUAUGCACUCUAUUUAAAGCUUAAUAAAGGCUUUUUAAUUCUACACUAACUGGAGUCUUGCAGUGGAAUAUACUGUACCACAUAAAGAAAAUGAAGGGAUGCAAACUGUUAAAUAAGCUUUAACAUGCAAAAGCAUAUUUUUAUCUCUCUUUUUUCUCCCUCAAAAUAGAUCCACACAGAGUCUUGAGGAAAAAAAAAAGGUGUGCUCUUGCAUCCCUCAGUGAUAGUAACUAUGCACAGAGAUUAUGCUUAUCUCCCACUGAAAAACUGCUACCUGAGUGGUCAUUUGGAGUACCUUUCAUUGAAAAUACAAUAAGUGAAUAAUUUGAACAACAGAGGAUUUAGUUAAAACAGUAUCAUUUAAAACAACAAGCUCUAAGUCACCGUUUGGAGUUUGAUCACUGUUUAAAAUCACUGUUCAGUGCUGUCUUUGUAUCACACGAUGGUCAGCUGCGGGAGAGAAUAUGCUUUUAACAUCUAAAUAGUAGAAGAUGGACUUACUGAGACAAAGAGCAUAACAAAUAUAUAAUGCAACUGUAAAUUUAUUUACCAGUAACGCGUUUGAAUGCAGAAGCAGCUACUGCUAUGUAAGCAUAAUGAACAUAUAGUUACGGUUGUUUUCAAUUUCUUUUCCUCCAAAGCUUAGUCCUUUUGACUUGUAAUAUGUAUAUUUGCUUUUUUUUCAAAAUAUAACUAGGUUUAACAAAGCAUCUGUUGCUUUGUGAAUUGUACUUAUGAUUGUGCUGGGCUGUUAGCUUUAAGCAGUUUGUGUGCUUGUGUUAUUUUAUUAAAGCAAAAGUCUUCUUGAGACAAAUGCAGUAAAGGAAAAAAAAACAUAAUUUUUUGGGGUAGUAUUAAGCAGAUGUGUGGUAUGCAUUUGGAAAGCGUCCAAUGUCAGUUAAAAAAAAAAAUACUGGGGCUAAAUUGCUUACCAGAACUGCUCAUGUCUACGGCAGUGGCUUUUUAGUUCAUGGGUUACUGGCUAAACUCAUGCCUAAACAGAAACUCAGAUCCCCCUGAACAGCCUCUUACUCUGCAUCUCUUCACCAUUGUACAAGACUGACGUGAAAUGAGUCUUGUGUUUUCUAUGUUCAGCAUAGUAUGUACUGUACUCUGUAACGGGAAGUGGCUACAAGUCCUCAAAGAAAUACGAACGUAUUUUAAAACAGCAAUAAUUACCACUGUAAAGUAAAUGAGCACGAAGGGGAGAGCACAGGGAGGUAGGUAAUGAAGAUGAUACCGUUAGGAACACACUGGCGUCAGUGCUGCUAUUGCACCUGGGGAGCAGGAUUAAGUACUAGGAAAGGCCAUCGGUCUCUGGGACUGGACUCCAUCUUGGCAGAGAACUUGCCCAUGUAGGAUAGCUCCACCUGAAUCGUUCCUCGGCACUGCAAGUCCUUAUGCAACGCAGGUUUUUCACUGUAGUUUUAAGGGUGAGUUAUUGCAAAUACUGUUCCUGGUGGGAGAGACAGACACAAGGAGGAGCUGUCAGAGUCACACACAGGAAGGUAAAUGCUCAUUGCCGCGGUCUUGUACCCCAGUGUACUCUGCUACCGCGCUACUGGGGCUCAACAGUAGCAGAGAAUAGAAUAAACUAAUAUAAUUUUCCGAUGGAGGGAAGCAGCGGUCAGCUCUGUUGGAAAGCUGUUUGCAUACUGUCAAGGCAUAUCCGUGCAAACCAGUUCCUCUAGCAAGGCAGGACGUGUUAAGAUGUGUGCGAGUUAGCCCUUGGUGUGCUUUAAGCAUUUGAGCUCCAGCCUACACAGCGUUAUCCCGAUGCGGCACGGUCUCUCCAUCUUCUGUUGGCAGAGCCCCAGGAGCCGGCCAGCUCUCGAGGGACAGCAAGGUGUCCUCGGGCAGGGUUGGGCAAGGUGCUCUAGAUGGAUGACUUGUAGGUACUUAAGUUCUGUUCCUGAUGGCCGCUGUAACUGUGAAAAUUAACCAGACCUGCUGUGAUAAAUUUGGUUAUAUAAGGUUUAUUUGGUUAAUUUUUUAUAAGUGAAAACUGAAAAGAUGAAAGAGAAUUGUAAUAUGAAAGCAACUGUUGUAAAUAAUGUACGAAUGAAUAAAAUCUAAAACUUA